GAGGAUGUUCCGAUCUAUCUUUUCAUACGUAUCUCUUCUUUGUGUUGAGGUGGCAGGUGCGCGGACGAUGCUGGCAGACGAGUGUCAGCUGCUAUCGUGACAAUCUCGCGCUGUUGUUGCUGACUGAACAGGCCUCGGCCAAGAAUCUGCGGAAGGGUGGGGCAGGAGGAAUGACAAAGGAAAACGGACUUCCGUCGACACUGGGAGAUGGCAGAUCUGGGCGAUGCCACAGUCAAUGGCAGCGAUGUACCAAGGAACCCCAGCGAUCUGCCCAAGAAGGCGGAGACGGAUAUCACCGCCACCGUCGAUGUCACCCUUGAAUGUCCGAAAGAUGGAUUGCUGUCAGUGGGACUCGUGGAACUCUUAGAUAUAGACGAUCGGCCAGUGUUCAUCCUCGACUUAGCGAGCACCUCGAAAACCAUCCCGAUAUAUUGCAAUCCGAGGUUGCGGGAAGUGCCAUUGUUAGAACUGAAGAUUGGGAAGGGAGUGAUAUCAGGGGGGAAAUCAGAGAGGGACCCCAAAUGUGCCGCGUUUAUCGAAUGGGCUGCUGCAACGACAAGAUUAGGAAGCUUCACAGAAACCAAUUGCUACGGGCUCAGAUGGAAGGCAAAGACAAUAAGGAAGAGGUGGAGAGUGGUGUCUGGAGAAGAAGACGAUUAUGCUGGGGAUGCGGCUGUCCAUCGGCAUCAGUCGGAAUAUCCAAGGCCAGGGAGGUCACAGACGAUGGACAGGGUCGAAAGAAGAGACUGGUCGAAACCCGCAAUCACUUCGAAUGACUCUUUGGAAGCACAGCUUUCUGCAUUCCGACUUCGCCGGGAAGAGGAAAUCCAAGUAUUUCCGUCUCUAGCACCAAGAGCGCAACCAGCACAAAGGCAGGACAGCAUGAAACAUCCAGAGGAUAUUGGCCGGAUCGAUUUCACGAAGCCCAACCCAUCCUUCACCCUCUCCUCCCAUUAUGAAUUUGUUCUCAACUUCGACUGGGGAUCCACCGAACUGGGGCCUAUCAACCAAUGGUCGGCUGAACUGCGCAGAAUGGCCAAUAUUUUGAUGAGCGACCCUCGACCUGCUGCAAUGUAUUACGGCAAGCACAGAACCAUGUUAUAUAACGAACCCUAUGUUGUAGUCAUGGGACAAAAGCAUCCUGGUAUGAUGGGCAAGACAUUCUCCGACGCUUGGGCAGAGGUGGAAGGUGACUUCAGUCCGGCAUUUGAUGCGGCUUACGAGACGGGAACGUCGUACUUGCUUGACGAUGCUCGUUUUUACAUCGAUAGACAGGGUUAUCUCGAGGAAACAUAUUACUCGAUAUCCAUCAUUCCAUUUAGUGUCGGGGAUGGUGAUAUUGGUUUCUACAACCCCGUCUCCGAUUCCACGAGACAAGUCAUAGCAGACAGGCGAAUGGCAUUCUUCCUCCGGCUUGGACAGUACAUCGCAUCGUCGCGGGAGCCGAAAGACUUCUGGCAUCAACUGCUUCUUGCUCUUCAAGGCGACCAUCUCGACCUACCUUUCGCAAUUCUCUACUCUGCCGGUGGAGAUAUCAAUGAAACAUUCUCAGAGUCGUCAGAACUGAGCCAGAACCUUCGGAACUGGACCCUUGAAGGACUAGUCAGAGUUCCAGAAUCUUGCACAAGCAUUCCGAAACGGAUCAACAAUGAACUGGGCAUGGAAGAAUUCCUCCCAAAUUUCUAUGAUUUGGUGAAGCAAGACUCUCCGACUCUGCUCCGAGCAGACGAUGGAACUUUACCGCAGUUUAUUUCAAGAGAUAUCACGGUAAUCAUGGAUGGAAAGCAUCCGUGCAAGUCAGCUAUUUUCCUGCCAAUCCGAUCUACGUCAGACAAUGUUCUCGGUUUUAUGAUUCUUGGUGUAAAUCCUCGGAGACAGUUUGAUGCUGAUUACAAAGUUUUUGUCGAGCUUCUUAGUAGGCAAUUAGCUACUUCGAUGGUGUCUGCACUUCUAUUUGAAGAAGAAAUCCGUCGAGGCCAAAUAGCUGCUGAACAAGCAACACACGACCGCAAUCUUCUGUCCAAAAAGCUCGCUGUACAAACACACGAAGCGCUAGAAGCUGAGACAAGAUUUAGAAGAAUGGCGGACCUCGCGCCAGUAGGGAUGUUCCAUAUUGACCCACAGGGAGUUUUGUUAUAUGGCAACAACGAUUACUACAAGAUGACUGGGCAUCCUCGGAAUGUCUCAUAUCCACUGAGUUGGUACAAUGUCCUCCACGAUUCCGAUCAUCCCAUCAUGGACCGUGAGUGGGCGAAGCUUCUAGGCGGAGAAACAGUAGUGUUCGAGCUUCGAUUGAAACGCCCAUUUGUGGCCGAGGAGAUCGUUCCUGGAGAGAAGGUGGAAGGUUUUUCGUGGAUCAUCGCAGCCGCAUACCCGGAGAGAGCAGAUGAUGGAACGGUUAUCGGUAUCUUGGGUUGCAUCACAGACAUCAGUCGUCAGAAAUGGAUGGAGGGGUUCCAGACCAGGAAGAUGAUGGAAGCCGUCGAACUAAAGAGACAGCAGGAGAACUUCAUCGAUAUGACGUCUCAUGAAAUGAGAAACCCUCUGUCGGCAAUCAUCCAGUGUGGUGACUGGAUCGGAACUUCUCUUUCUGAAUUUGGUGGCGAGAGCCAAAACGUCACCAUCCCAAGGGAGCUUGUGGAUGGCUAUGUGGAUGCAGCACAAACGAUUGUACUUUGUGCUCAACAUCAGAAGCGAAUUAUCGAUGAUAUCCUUACUCUCUCAAAAUUGGACUCCGACCUUCUCUUCGUCACCCCGGUCGAAGUUCAACCUAUAUCAGUAAUCCGGAUCGCACUGAAGAUGUUCGACAGCGAGCUCCAAAAGAGCGACGUGGAGCUUCGGUUCUAUGUUGAUCCUUCAUACUCGAAUUUGGCGGUGGAUUGGGUUAGACUCGACCCCAGUCGAUUUCUUCAAGUGCUAAUCAACUUAACGACGAACGCCAUCAAGUUUACGCAGACCGAGACGAAGAGGAAGAUUAGCAUUAGUAUUGGUGCUUCCAUCGAGCCGCCGCCGGGGAGAAAUGGCAUCGAGUAUCUACCCCGCAGCAGCAACCGCAAAGACCUCACAUUAGGCACCGCCUGGGGUACAGGAGAAAUGGUCUACCUGUACGUCGAAGUGGAGGAUACUGGUCGAGGAUUGGAUGAAGACGAGCGAAACCUCCUCUUCAGACGCUUCUCUCAGGCAUCACCACGAACCCACGUCCAAUAUGGAGGCUCGGGUCUUGGACUUUUUAUCUCUCGAGAGCUGACAGAGUUGCAAGGCGGCCAAAUUGGAGUCGCAUCCAAAGCUGGCGUUGGCAGCACUUUCGCAUUCUAUCUCCGAGCACGGCGGUGCAAUCCUCCAGAAGACCGCAGUCGAAUGACUUCCCAGUCAGUCGACAUGAGAGCGCAAUACAAGAUUAUCAGUCCUGUGGCACUGGCACGACUUCAAACUGGAUCCACGCUACCAACACCUCGGGAGAAAGCUACGCAACCCGUGGCACCGAAGCAUGUCUUGAUAGUCGAAGACAACAUCGUCAACCAAAAGGUCCUUUCGAAACAGCUGCGCAGCGCUGGCUGCACAGUGCACGUUGCUAACCACGGCGGCGAAGCACUCUCUUUCCUCUCGAAAACCCGCUUCUGGGCCGGAAACGAAAACAGCGGCCUCCUUCUGCACAUCAUACUCAUGGAUCUCGAAAUGCCAGUAAUGAACGGGUUGACAUGCGUAAAGAGGAUUCGAGAAUUACAAAAGGAAGGGGUGAUCACGAGACAUGUUCCGGUUAUUGCUGUUACGGCCAAUGCGAGGAGCGAGCAGAUUGCUACAGCCAAGGAGUCGGGUAUGGAUAGUGUUGUUACAAAACCGUUUAGGAUUCCGGAGCUUUUGCCGGAGAUGGAGAGGCAGGUUCGAAGAGGGGAGGGGAGACCAGUUGAGUUGGAGAGGUCAAGCUUUGCUCCGGAUUAGCUUGGGAGUGGAAAGUGGGGAGUUGUGCAUAUUUUCGGCAGAGCUUUGUAAUAAAAUGCAUCUUUGAGCUUGGCGUUUAUGGGAGAGAACCAGGAGGUCUGCAGCAUUUUCGGUAUGGACUUGGAUAGCCUGUGGCGUUAGCUUACUAGCGGAAGCAUGGUCGAGGGCUGGCAUUAGAUGGAUACUCUAGAUACCUCAAUACCACCUUUACAACCCUCUCUCCCUCCCUCCUUUUCACGCCUUCCUCUCC